AGGGAGGGAGGCAGAAUGAGUGUGGAGUUGUGUCCCAUAUGUGGAAAAAAAGCAAAGCAGUGCAUGCACACACACUGGUCUGGUCUGCUCUGCUGGCAGGAUUAACAUAGUGCUUUCACAUCUAAUGGAGGACAUGCAGGCAUGAAUAGGGCUGUUGUGUUGUCCGUGCAAGCGCAUGCCCGUGAUGGACUACAGCCCAACGGACACUAACCGUCGCUGGCAUUCACAAAACAGCAUUCCUCUUUACUAAGACCAGCUCCACAGAAUGCUGAGUCCUAUUGUCCCCUAUAGCCUAUUAAAGAUGCACUGGAACCCAGAGCAUGCCCAGUCCCUCAGCCAGUGGCCUGAGCAGCACCUGGAUGUCUCCUCCACCACCUCCUCUCCGGCACACAAGUCAGAAAUCUAUCCCGGUCGCGGCCGCAACUCCUACAACUACUCUUGGGCCAACGAUGACAUCUCUGCCCUCACGGCUUCCAAUCUGCUGAAGCGCUAUGCAGAGAAGUACUCCGGUGGGCUGGACUCACCGUAUGACCGGCCACCUAAUGUGGGCUCCUACCCAGAGCCAGGGGGCUUUGGUGGCCUCAAUGCCCAGAAGACUGAAUUGGAGCCCUGGCCUCUGACACACAGCACUGAUGCCUCCUAUUCCCUAGUGCCCCCUGGAGGCCAUGACAGCCUAUCUGCUUCCAAGGCUGUCGCCACGACUGCAGGCCCUCCAGGGAUUAGUAGUGUGUCGGUGGUAAACAGUAACCUCUCAGACUCUGGUUAUAGCGGCAGCAGCUCAUGCAGUGGCUCUAGCGAGUAUCCCUCCAACUACAACAGCACGUAUCUUGCCUCAGGAUACUGUCCUCAACCUGGUGCAGCACUUCCACCUGCCUCACUCCACACUAUUCAAUCCACCCCUACACUGGUACCCAGCUAUAGCCCAACUGCACCUGUCUAUAGCUACCCCCCCAGCACAUACCCUCCUCAGUCCAGUCUAGCCCCCAAUUAUAGCCACCCCUCUGCAACAUACUUGCCAUCCGGUUUGCCUGCACCAACUCCCAUUCCAGUCAGGCAAGCAGGGGUUGGAGGAAGCUAUAGUUACCAGAGCAACACAACUGAGUCUGGAGGGUCACUGAAAAGAAAAGCAUUUGAGAUGAGUGUAGAGGAUGAAGGCGGGGACAGUGCACGUUACAGGAAAUAUAACUAUGACCCAUUAAAGGCAGGCGGGAACUCGCCAUACAGUGUGAAUGACAAAACAGAGUGCCGAGGAAACGGCUUCAGCAGUUCAUCAGGCAGCACAGAUUCACAAAAUUUUGAGCCCAAUAAGCCUUCCUCUCAGCCCCUGGUGUCUCCUCAGUAUGGACCAGCUGGGGAGUACAGCCCUCCAGCUGGCAUGACAGGAGAGAACGGAGUGGCGGAGCAGGCCUUCACCCAACAGCAACACCGCUCUCAGGCCCACAAACACUCUUCGUUGUGCGGUCCAACUGUUGAAACUCUGAAGAGUCCGGAACCCAGCGUGUUGGACCUAAUUAAUGGGGAGAUUUUGGACUGCAGCCCAGCCCUAAGCUGGGGAGAGUUGGCCGGGCUCACCCACAUCAAAGCUGCCCUGGAAGAGGACCUGCUGUGGCCUGUGUUGAGACCGAGUCCGCUGAUGCACCCACCAAGAACCAUCCUGCUGUUUGGCCCCCAGGGAGGGGGAAAGACCACACUGGCCCGUUCUUUGGCUUCACAGAUUGGAGCCUCCCUCUACAAGCUGAGUGGAGCCAUGCUGGCCUCUAAAGGGAAGGCAGAGGCGGAACACAUCCUGAGGUCUGUGUUGCAGGUGGCGGGGGCACGGCAGCCAUCAGUGGUACUCCUUAGCCAACUUGAAGUCAUGGAGGAAGAGGAGGGGCUGAGACAGACACUGCGCACCUUCUUAGAAAAAGCCCGGUCGGCUACUGGUUUGGUGAUUGUCGUGUGUUCCACCGGCAGGCCUGAUCUGCUGCAAGAUGCGGUCCAUCGCAGCUUCGCUAAGCGCUACCACGUUGGCCUGCCAGAUGCAGGAAUGCGCAGGCAGGUGCUGCUACAGGCACUCUCGCUUCAGAGCAACAUCCUGACCGAGAGGGAGUUGAGCGUUGUACUGCAGCGCGCUGAAGGCUACACUGUUCGGGAACUACUGCAGCUCAGCCAGCAGGCACUCUCUUUGGCAUCAACCACCACUGGGGCCAUGCCCGGCAUCGCUGCCACAUCCAAACCCCCAGCCUUCACAGACUUUGAGAAUGCCUUCUGCAAAGUGCGCCCGCACAGCACCACAAAAGAACUGGACACUUGUAUAGAGUGGAGCAAGAUGUAUAGCCACUGAAGAGGCAGCCAGGCACUGUACUUGGACUUCUUAUGUGCUUUGUUUGACGCAGCAAGCCCUUGUUUUCCUGUCAUAAACCAUGCAGCCAAAAAAGCCGACCAAGCUUACAGAUACAUGAGAUUCAACAUUUGUUUGUUUUACCGACAUUAGCAUGCCGAGUGUGUUGUUUUUGUUCACAAUGUUUUGGUCUUCCCAAAGAUAAGAAACUAACCUUGAUGAGUAGUGUAGCGCAACUGUGGUUUGGCCAAUGGAAGAAUCAGAUCAAUUUGGAUCCUCUCCUGUUUAGCCUUGGUCCAGGACAAAAUCAAUAGUUUUUUGCUAGGUGGUGUGGGCCAAGAUAACGGAUAAUCAGGGUUUGGAAAAUUCCCCAUUUUUCUGCUACUCUCAGGAUCCUAUUUAUUUCCAGUUCACUUGCAUGCAUGCUACCGCUAAACGUUCCAUCUUUGCUUUGGUAUCGGCAAACCAGUUUUCUUUGACCAAAAACAUGACAAACCAAAUCAGCUGUUGUGCUGUUCUAUUGUUCUAAUCAGACUGGAGCUCCAAGACACAAUGCUACAGUAGCUGCUCGCCAAAUACUAAAUAGUUACUCCAUGCUACCCUGAAAAUUGAUUUCAUUGGUUUAAUUUCCUCAUGCCCGGCGACACUCGAUGUUUGAUUGAAGCGAGUACUUCAUGGGUCUCUUCACUCUUCAAACCGUCACAAUAUUUGCUUUAUCUUGUACUGCUGUCCUUGACGUCCACAUUCAGUACAAUAAAUGGCGCUCACAUUCCUCA